AUGAAUGUAGCCUGUUGUAGUGCUGUAGCUGUAGCUGAGUUAGAUUCAAUGACCGCCACUUCCCUCAUGGCUUCUGCAAUCUCUUCUUCUUCUUCUUCUUCUUCACUAGUUAGUAGAAGGCUCUCUGUGACUGCCCUUUCAUUUUCUUCCAUUUCACUUUCCCAAAACCCCAAAGUUCAGUUCUUGAAGUGGAUUCCUUACUCAGGUCUCGCUUCUUUCUCUUCUUGUAAUGGACUGAAGCACCUCAGCAUUUCCAAAUCUCAAUAUUCGGUACAAAUUGGAAGAAGUAGAAAACUCAAAGGAAAAGGUGUAUAUGCAUCUCUAUUUGGAGUUGGUGCACCUGAGGCACUAGUGAUUGGGGUUGUCGCUUUGCUAGUUUUUGGCCCAAAGGGUCUUGCUGAGGUUGCUCGUAACCUGGGAAAAACUUUGCGUGAAUUUCAACCUACUAUCAGAGAACUUCAGGAUGUUUCAAGGGAGUUCAAGAGCACACUUGAACGAGAGAUUGGCCUUGAUGACAUUAAAGGUUCAGUCCAAGACACAAGAAAUUCUAGCACAAUGAGCCCUUCAUCAGAUAGCAGCUCUAAAGAUUCAAUGCCGGUGGCUGAUCCCAAUGGUUCUCCAUCACCAAAGAUAGCUUCCACAGGUGAAGACGACUUGGAAAGGAUGAUGAGAAUCGCUGAGGCUGAAAAACAAGCUGAGAAAGACCUUGCAGCCUUACUUGAAAGUCGGUCUGAAUCCCAAACCGUGUCACAAGAUAGAGCAUACUCAACUGAAGAGUACUUGAAGAUCAGUGAGGAACAGCUAAAAGCAGCUGCUCAGCAGCAGAAUGAGACAUCUACUCCUGAGCAAGUCCCCUUCAAUGCCCAAAGCCCGUCGCAAGAUAGUGCUUCUUCGGCAGAUGGAGCAUACUCAACUGAAGAUCUUUCAAAGGUAGCUCAGCAGAAUGAGAUGUCUUCUCCCCAGCAAAACCCCUCAAAUUCCCAAAGCCAGUCGCAAGAAGCUCCGGAAGAAGCUGCCUCGAUGAUCUCUUCUUCCAUGAAGCCCGAAAGUGAGACAUAGGGAAGUAAUGGUAUAGGCUUGUUCAUUGAAUAUUGUAGUAUUAUUCUUAAAAUGCUUGAUUAACAUGGAAUGUUCUGCCCGGAGAAACAAUUUUGUACAUUAGAGCCAUUGGAAGAGUGUUGUACUUAAUUAGUCCUCCUACAUUGUAUUGUAUAAAUUAAAUUUAAAAUCUCACACAUGAUACUAAUUAUGUCAA